UCCGUCGGUACCAACAUGGCUGCAGCCCUGCGCACUGCAGGCGCCCUUCUCCGCCGCCAGCUGGUGCCCGGCAGCUCCAAGGGGCAGCAACCGUGGAGGUGCCAGUCAGCGGCAGCAGCGGCGGCCACAGCAGCAGCCCCGCAGGUCAAGAGCACGAAACCCCAGGCCCAACCAGAAAAGAGGAAGCCCAAAACCGGGAUAUUGAUGCUGAACAUGGGAGGCCCUGAAACGCUGGGGGAUGUCCACGACUUCCUGCUGAGGCUUUUCCUGGACCGAGACCUCAUGACGCUGCCACUGCAGAAUAAGCUGGCACCAAUCAUCGCCAAACGCCGAACCCCCAGAAUCCAAGAGCAGUACCGGAGGAUUGGCGGUGGGUCCCCCAUCAAGAUGUGGACAUCGAAGCAAGGAGAGGGGAUGGUGAAGCUGCUGGACGAGCUGUCCCCGCACACAGCCCCUCACAAAUACUACAUUGGAUUCCGGUAUGUCCACCCUUUAACUGAAGAAGCCAUUGAAGAGAUGGAGAGGGACGGGCUUGAGAGAGCUGUUGCCUUCACACAGUACCCUCAGUACAGCUGCUCAACCACAGGCAGCAGCUUAAACGCCAUCUACAGGUUCUACAGUGGGGUCGGGAGGGAGCCGAGGAUGAGGUGGAGCACCAUCGACAGGUGGCCCACGCACCCCCUGCUCAUUCAGUGCUUUGCCGACCACAUUCUCAAAGAACUGGAACAUUUCCCCCCGGACAAGAGGAGUGACGUGGUCAUUCUCUUUUCUGCUCACUCGCUGCCGAUGUCUGUGGUCAACAGAGGGGACCCCUACCCUCAGGAGGUAGGAGCCACUGUCCACAGAGUCAUGGAGAAGCUGGGCUGCUCCAACCCUUACCGGCUGGUGUGGCAGUCCAAGGUUGGCCCUAUGGCCUGGCUGGGCCCGCAGACGGACGAGACUAUCAAAGGGCUCUGUAAGCGGGGCCGGAAGAACAUCCUGCUGGUCCCCAUCGCCUUUACCAGUGACCACAUCGAAACGUUGUACGAGCUGGACAUCGAGUACGCGCAGGUCCUCGCCAGCGAGUGCGGCGUCGAGAACAUCCGCAGAGUGGAAUCUCUCAACGGGAACCCACUGUUCUACAAGGCGCUGGCUGACCUGGUCCUCACGCACCUCCAGUCCAAUGAGCGCUGCUCCAAGCAGCUGACCCUGAGCUGCCCGCUGUGUGUCAACCCCGUCUGCCGGGAGACCAAGUCCUUCUUCACCAGCCAGCAGCUGUAA